GGGGGAGAACAGAGCUAGCAGCUCAUAGCCAGCCAGUGAGAACAUUCCCUGUAGGCAAUCUGAUCACCAUGCUGCGGGUGAGGUGUGUGAGAGGAGGAAGCAGGGGAGCUGAGGCAGUUCAUUACAUUGGAUCCAUGCUAAGAAAAGGAUUCGUCGGAUGGGUGCAGCGAAGUUUCCAGAGCACCCAGGCAGCUGCAGUGUCGGAAAAACCCUGCACUGCUGACGAGAAGGUCAGUGACACCGCUGUCCAAGAAUGCCCUGUCUGUUCUUACAAUGAAUGGGACCCACUGGAGGAAAUCAUCGUGGGCAGACCUGAAAAUGCCAAUGUCCCUCCAUUCUCUGUUGAAGUUAAGGCAAACACAUAUGAAAAAUACUGGCCUUUUUACCAGAAGCAUGGAGGUCAAAGUUUUCCUGUGGAACAUGUAAAGAAGGCAACUGAGGAAAUUGAGGAAAUGUGCAAUGUUCUGAGACAUGAAGGAGUUGUAGUGCAAAGGCCUGAGGUCAUUGACUGGUCAGUGAAAUACAAAACACCUGAUUUUGAAUCUACAGGAAUGUAUGCUGCUAUGCCUCGAGACAUUCUGCUCGUUGUUGGGAAUGAGAUCAUUGAAGCGCCUAUGGCAUGGCGAGCUCGUUUCUUUGAAUACAGAGCUUACCGUCCUCUCAUUAAGGACUAUUUCCGCCGUGGGGCAAAGUGGACCACUGCACCUAAACCAACAAUGGCUGAUGAACUCUAUGACCAGGAUUAUCCCAUUCGUACAGUGGAGGACAGACAUAAACUGGCUGCUAUGGGAAAAUUUGUUACAACAGAAUUUGAGCCCUGUUUUGAUGCUGCUGACUUUAUGAGAGCUGGGAGGGAUAUCUUUGCACAGAGAAGCCAGGUUACAAACUACCUCGGCAUUGAAUGGAUGCGAAGGCAUCUGGCGCCGGAUUACAAAGUACACAUCAUUUCAUUUAAGGACCCUAACCCAAUGCAUAUUGAUGCUACCUUCAACAUUAUUGGGCCUGGCCUUGUGCUUUCCAAUCCAGAUCGCCCUUGCCACCAGAUUGAACUAUUCAAGAAAGCUGGCUGGACUGUGGUUACUCCCCCAAUUCCAUUAAUCCCAGACAAUCAUCCUCUGUGGAUGUCCUCAAAAUGGCUUUCAAUGAAUGUCUUAAUGCUGGAUGAAAAGCGUGUGAUGGUGGAUGCCAAUGAAACCUCUAUUCAAAAGAUGUUUGAAAAAUUAGGCAUUUCUACCAUCAAAGUCAAUAUUCGCCAUGCGAAUUCAUUAGGAGGUGGAUUCCAUUGCUGGACAUGUGAUAUUCGGCGCCGUGGAACCCUGCAGUCCUAUUUCAGCUAAUCUAAGCUCGGAAGUCCAUUUCCAGUGCAGAAAUAAAGUUCUUUUUUAUAAUUCAGUGAUUAUCAGGCCUGCAAAUCUUCCAGCAAGUGCAGGCAUCUGUAUGAAACAAGGGUUUUUCAUAAAUUUUGGAUACUAUUGCUUAGAUUAAUUCUUGCUGGUUUCUAUUGCUGAAUAAAGGAAAAUAUUAGUUGGCCCAUCAUCAGGCUAUACAAUGCAUGGCAAUAAGGCACACUUUGGGACUGCUCGUGACUAAAGGAAUCCACAAACUCACUCUCUCUGUCUACCUCUGUCUUAUCAUGAAAGGCAGCUUUAAUGUUCUUCAUAUUUCUUUUUUUACUUAACCAUUAUGUACAGGUUACACUUAAACUGGAUAGUCUAACUGCAUGCACAAGACACCUAUGUCAUACUGUUAUUGCCAAUUUGCACUCUAGCUUUAUAUAUUUUUGUUUUGCUUUUUUUUAAUACAGCCUUUUUACAUAAUAAAACAUUUGCACCAAAGCUGGCAGAUUCACAGCCCCGCAGCUUUUAUAAAUUUUGUUUGCCAGCAUACACAUCCAGGCUGUCUUUCCAAAGGCUGUGAGGCAAUUUACACAACAGAACAAUAAUGUAAUAAAAUGCUACACAGUGUUCUUUUGACUUAAAAAAUGUUCCUAUUCAUUACUGUGAAUCAUUGUGUAAUGUUUUUAAUAAACAAUAAAUGCAGAGGUUAUUAUUCA